AUGUGCGUCUUCUCGGCAAGGCUACUGAGAGGAGCGGCGCUUAUAGGCAGGAAAUCUGCUCCACUUCUGGAGGAAGGAUGCUAUGAUUCGGUAAGAGAUGCAGUUUUUAGGCCAAAGAGGCUGGGAGGCUGGCUAAACGACCCUUUGAGGUCGGUGCCUUCCGAGGUUGGACGCAUCGACAGCUACAGAAAGUUCGUGCUGAAAAAGUUUGUAGACCCGGAUAAGAAGCUAAUUCGACGGAUAGUUGCUAGAAGACGCGCCGAAAAGCUCUUGAGCCUAGAUGAAGAAACUCACAGGCUGGGACAAGAGUACCUGGACAUGAUGUUUCAUGCCAGUGCAGUUGCUCCACAGCCAUCAGAAUACCUAGAGAACAAAGUGAAUAGGAUUCUAGAGGCUAGAUUUAACUAUAAUCCAGCUUCCCCUUCCUCGAAGUAUUUGGGAAAACUUGAGGAACAAGGGGAAAGGGCACUUUUAGAAAGUAGUGAAAAUGCGCACGGAGUAGAUAAUGCACUCGUAGAAGCUGCGGAUGAACCUGAAAACGUGUUUGAACGCCUGAGUACUUGUAAUAAAAACACUACCCUUUUAAACGUAUGGAAGGAACACAUGGAUUUUGAAAAGGUUAUACACAACCAGUGUGAAAUACCAAACUCAUUCGGGUAUAAAGAAAAGGAGGACGAGUACCGUAUGCUUCGUAAAUCUGCAGUUGUCUUUGACAAGUCAUACACUUUGAUCGUAAAAAUUACUGGUACUAGUGCAAAUUAUUUUUUGGAACAGAUGUUAACAUUUUCGGUAUCUAAAAUGGCACAAUUAGAUGUAUGUUAUGGAUCGCUGCUCGAUUCCAAGGGGUUCAUAAUUGAUACUUGCUACGUUUGCAAGAGUAGAGACGAGUAUAUUCUAGUGACGAAUGGUAGAACUAAAAAGGAUAUUUACGAUUAUUUAACAUCAUAUGCUAUCCAUUGCAAGAAUUAUGGCCUAGAUAUCGCAAUUGUUCCAAUGACAAAUUUUACUUCCAUUGGACUCUAUGGACCAUGCUCUCCAAAUGUUCUCCUGGAUCUCCAUUCUCGUGCAUGUAAUUCCGAGAACGGAACAGAUGCCAGUGAAGAUAUUAGAGAUGUCGAUAAAGAUGUGAACUGCAAGGUUCAGCUACAAUCAUCAGCUGAUGGUGAACAGCUACCAGCCUUUAUGAAGUGUUUUCCUGUAAAGUUUUCUAAUAGAAUUGACGAUACUGGAAAUGUUUCAGAGUCUAUAAUUACGUGUGCCAGAAUUAGCGAUACAGGAGAAGAUGGAUUCGAGUUUAUAGUUCCGAAUACUAUUGUCCAACGUUUUUCAGAACUACUUCUAUCGCAUAAAGAAGUCCACCCAAUGGGUUUAAAAACAUACGAUAUCGCACGGUUGGAAAGUGGAAUACUUCGCUCAGAUUUAGAUCUGACUCCAGAAUGUUCACCCAUGCAGGCAUCUCUAAUGUGGAACGUCGACAUCAAAAAGAUUCGCCAAAAGCAACUUUUUGGUUAUAAAUUCAUUGGACACGACCUUACCGGUGGUGUAUCAAAGAUACGAGUCGGUCUAAUUUGCAAUGAAAUGGUGAAUAAAUCCUCCACGAUCCUGAAAUCUUCAAACAGGAUGCCAAUAGGCUUCAUAACUUCAUCUGCAUGGAGUCCUGCUUUACAAAUGUACAUUGCACAUGCCUAUGUAAACUCCGAAUAUGCCAAACACGAUACGCCUGUUGUGCUCAGCAUUCCAAAAAGCCCUGAAGAUGGAGUUUCCAAGAGGGUCUACGAGAAAUACUACAGAAACCACAUCUUCAAGAAAUUCGCCAAGGCAACAAUAGUCCAUCUGCCCUUUAUCAUUCACAACUAUCCAGUACCCAAGGAUAAAAAGAGCUAUGUGGGCGGAAGGCAGGUUAAAUUCUCGCCAAAGAAACGUCCAGAACCCCAAACCAGCGAACUUGUUCCGGUUACUCCGCCGACCGAGGAAAAGGGCAAAGCGACGAGAUCACGUAAACAGCUUUGGAAGGACCUAAUAGCAAAGCACAGGAGAGCUUCCACGGGUACGCUCGAGAUGGCGCUGACGAAAUGGGAGAAGAUCAACAAGGAAGUCCAGAGUAGCAAGAGGACACCGGAGGCUACUUUUGCGGAUUCCGAGUCGUUAGUCCCGCUCUGGCGCAUAAACAUCAUCCCUACUACCCCUAUGGACAGAAGAAUGGUCAUUAAGCACUACCAAGACCUCCAUUCUGAACCCGUUCCUUCUCGACAUCGCAGAUUCAGACCUCCGAGAAAGGCCACGGAAUGAGCUCUUCUCGACAACAACUCGCUCUUCCUUGGAAAUGGUACUGUAGGAAGAUGAAAAUUGACUCU